AUGGUGUUUGGCCGAUCACUGACUGAAGGACGGCUGAUCAGCUCUGCGAACUAUGUACGGACCGAGCUGCCCACGCGGAUCGCCCACCGCAUUCGCGAUAUGCAGCGCUUGCCCUACGUCGUCGUCACGAACCCGCAUAUCAGCGAUGUGUACGAGCUCUACUAUACCGCCUUCGACACCUUUCGGCGCAUUAAGGAGGUCAAGACCCUCGAGGACAAUGAACACCUAUGCAAGGAAAUAUCCAAGAUGCUGCGCGCCCAUUUAACCGUAAUCCCCAAGCUAGCUAUGGGCAUACUAGAAUCUAGCGGAUUGAUGCCUGCUGCCGAGCUUGACCAUUUCAUGAAUACCAUACUACGAUCCCGAAUAUCACGUAGGGUCAUCGCAGAACAACACCUAGCUCUAACCGAAACCUUUAACUCCCAUUGGUUCUCGCCGGGGGCCAAGCUCUCCGAAUCCGAGUUCAUUGGCGAGGUCUUCAUCAAGUGCAUGGCCAAGGACGUCAUCGAGCACUGCGCCAAAGCGAUCCGCGAACUUGCACAAUCUGCCAAUGGCCCCGACGCUAAGGUCCCUAAGAUUAACAUCAACGGCCACCUAGACGCCUCCUUCCCCUACAUCCUAAGCCACCUGGAGUACAUCAUCGGGGAGCUCCUACGCAACUCAGUCCAGGCCGUCAUCGAAAAGCACCAGGCAAACUGCAAGGACAACGACUCGGAGCCGCCCCCCAUCGAGAUCACCGUCUGCGAAGCGCAACAGCACGUCAUCAUCCGCAUCUCAGACCGAGGCGGCGGCAUCCCGCGCGACGUCCUACCGUACCUGUGGUCCUACGGCAAAGGCCCCCUCAAGAACCAGCGCCUCGAGAACCUCGGCCAAGUCCCCCUCAUGGCCGCCACGCUACAGGAGCUCCGCGUCGACGACAAGAAGAAGCACCUAGCCGGGCUCCAGGACGAGCGGACCGGCCACGACAGCUCCCUCUCCUCUUUGUCUACCCGCCCGCCCAACCUACGGCUCGGCAUGGGCCUGCCCCUGAGCAGAGUGUACGCCGAGUACUGGGCUGGAAGCCUGGAGCUGCACAGCCUCGAGGGGUACGGCGUGGACGCCUUCCUGCAGAUCUCCAAGCUGGGGAAUAAGAACGAACAGUUGGCCACGAGAGCAGCGAUGGAUGCCGUCUAG